AUGCCGAUCAACACCGACAACGAUGGCUACCGUCUAGGAGCCGACGUGGGCGGCACCUUCACAGACGUGUAUGCCCUCACACCAGAAGGGCAAAUUGCGCGGGCCAAAGUGCCUACGACAGUGGAAGACCAAAGUAUCGGAAUCAAGAACGGCAUUAGCCGCGUACAGCAAGCAUUGAGAGAGCGAUCCGCUUGGGACGGCAAAUUCCAGUUCAUCCACCACGGCACGACUGUCGCGACAAACGCCGUCCUCGAAGGCAAGGGCGCGCAGACGGGGCUGAUCGUCACCGUGGGCCAUAAGGAUAUCCUCGCUGUGCGCCGGUCGCAGAUCCCCGGGGGUCUCGGCGCGUGGCUGCACUAUACUCCUCCCGACCCGAUUGUCCCUCUCGAGCGCGUGAUACAGUGUUCGGAGCGCAUGUCUGUUGAUGGGAAGACGGUUGUUCCCGUUGAUGUAGCGACGCUUCGUGGCGAGUUGCAGAAGGCUUGGGUCAAGGAGAGACCAGAGGCUGUAGCGAUCUCGUUGCUGAAUUCGCACGCAAACAGCGAGCAUGAAGACGUGGUUGCUGGCGUGGUCCGCGAGGUGCUGGGAUCUAAUAUCACAAUCAUCUGCUCGAGCGAUGUUCUUCGCGAGGUCGGUGAAUACGAACGUACCGUGACGACUUGCACCAAUGCGCUCAUCAAGCCCGUGGUUCAGACGUAUCUCAGCAAUUUGCAGACCCUGCUCGCAGAAGAUGGGGACGUCAUUCGCAUUCUCAAGUCAGACGGCGGACUAACAAGUCUGGAUCUCGCAGGGCAGCUGCCCGUGAAUAUCCUCAUGUCUGGCCCUGCUGGGGGCGUCCAGGGCGUCGCAGACGUUGUAACGCGAAACACUCAAUAUAGAAAUCUAAUCACCUUCGACAUGGGUGGAACCUCUACAGACGUCGCCUUGGUUUACCAGGGCAAGCCCCGGCUCCGCCGUGAGACAGUCGUAGGCGAUCUAACUGUCCGCUCGCCCGCUGUGGAUAUACGAACCGUUGGAGCCGGCGGCGGCUCAAUCGCGAAGUAUAUGCACAUCUCAGAAACACUGCGCGUCGGACCAGAAAGCGCCGGUGCAACGCCCGGCCCUGCGUCGUACAACAAGGGCGGCACUGAAGCGACAGUGACCGACGCGAAUCUCGUCCUGGGUUACUUGCCGGAUACCCUGCUGGGAGGAGAAUUCACGCUGAACGCGAAGGCUGCAUGGGCGGCUGUCGAGCAAAUCGCAAAGCAGAUGAAUCUGCCUGUGACGCAGACAGCCGAGGACAUAAAUAAUCUGGUGAAUGAGACCAUGUACGGCGCCCUGCGGCUCGUCUCCGUAGAGCAGGGCUAUGACCCUAAGGACUUUGCGCUUGUUGCGUUUGGAGGCGCCGGGCCUCUGCAUGCCAACGCUGUCGGCAAGCUGCUUGGUGCCUGGCCUGUCAUUGUGCCUCCUUUUCCUGGCACGCUCUGCGCCCUGGGCGAUGCAACUACAAGGCUGAGCCACUCGCAGUCCUCGUCGUUUAUACGUCAACUGGCGGCAACAACCUCGCAGGAGGUGAAACGUCGCUUUGAGGAACUGGAAAUGUUGUGCAGAGAGACUAUGCUGUCUUCAAACGCAAACCAGGAAAUCCCGCUUGAUAUCACCUACCACAUCGAUCUGCGCUACAGCGGUCAGGCUCUGAAUUUGACAGUCGAGCUGGAGCGAGAUGAUCUCUCACUGGCCGACGAGGAAUGGAGGAAGGUCCUGCAGACCAAAUUCGACCAGCUCCACGACCAGCAGUUCAAGUACUGCCUCCCCAAUUUCAAGCUGGAAUUGAUGCGUCUCGAGGUCGUUGCUGUUGAUGCCAGGCCUCCCAUCGACUACCCUCAUCUCAGCAAAGCUACGUCAAGCAAACCACCGGCUGCGGCCCUAGUGUCGACGAAGACGAUUAUUGUGGAAGGCUGCGAGAUUGAGGCGGCGCUCUGGGACCGCGAGAAAGUGAGCCAGCAGGGGGUCCGCCUGAACGGGCCAUGCAUCAUCACUGAAACAGACAGCAACACUCUGAUUCUGCCUGGCUACUACGGAGAAAUCGACUCAAUUGGAAAUAUCCUCAUUCAACCGGUGGACGGGGUGACACGCGAAGAAACAAAGGACGAAAAUCCAGAAAUUGCGAUGAAGACGGUGCAAUCGACGCCCUUGAUCCCCACCCUCAUCGCCUCUGCCCUCGCCUCGAUCCGCAGCGAGAUGGACACACUUAUGCUGCGCUGCAGUAUGUCCCCCGCGAUUCGAGAGCAGCAGGAUGAAUUCAAUGUGAUCACUACGGCCGAGGGCAAGAUGCUCGUCGGCCAAUUUGGCAGUUUUAUUACGCAGUUCCUGCGAGCGUGGAAAGGCACCAUUGAAGAAGGCGAUAUGUUUAUCACUAAUGAUACAUACAUGAUUGAAGGCGCUGUGACGCACUUGAAUGACGUGAUUGUCCUCCUGCCCAUCUUCCACGAGCACAGACUGCUCGGGUGGGCGUCGCAGUUUGGACACCUUACUGACGUUGGAGGUAUUGUUCCAGGCAGUAUGUCUAUCAAUGCAACGUCUGUCUUCGACGACGGCGUCCAGAUCCCUUGUAUCAAGCUGUACUCGAAGGGAGUCAUGAACUCGGACCUUGUUGACCUGCUAUGCCGUAACUCGCGCCAGCCUGACUGGUACCGGUCCGACCUGAUGGCAAUCAUUACUGCGUGCCGCACAGCUGCUAGUCGAGUCUGCGAGCUGGCCACACGAUUCGGAAGCGAGAUAUACCUCGCGGCCUGCAAUGAGCUCCUCCUGCGCAACCGCGUCGCCAUGGCCAAGAUCAUUGACACCGACUUCGACCCCGAGCCGACGACAUUCACCGACUUUGUCGAUGACGAUGGCCACGGCGUUGGACCCUGGGCACUCACCUGCACAACGAAGAAAUUCCCAGGUGGCCGCCUCCUCUUUGACUGGAGCGGAACUUCCCCUCAGAGCGACCACAGCAUCAACUUCUACCUCUCAGAGACCAUGUUCAAGAUGUUCAUCGGCUACUACAUGAUCGCUGCUGCAGCCCCUGGGACAGUGAUCAACGACGGUUUCCACGACCUGAUCGAUGUGUACAUCCCCGAGGGGAGCAUUCUCAAGCCCGUCAGGCCGGCCCCAAUCUCCUGCCGAACGCAUAUGCUCGGCCGUACAAUGGACGUCAUGCAAGCACUCAUCGCGAAGAAGAACCCGGUUUAUGCGGCCGCCGCAGGCUUCAGCGACUCUCCGCACUUCUUUUACUCGGGCUACAAGCCCGACGGCGAGUGGUACCAGUUGUACCAGAUUGGCUUUGGCGGUGUUCCCGCGCGACAGGCCGGCGACGGGCUUGACUGUCACUGCCUUUUCCCCGCUAUCAAGUCCAUCCCGACAGAAAUCAUUGAGCUGAAUUACCCUCUUCGCAUUGAGGCGAAUGAGAGUGUCCCUGAUAGCGGAGGGCCGGGGUUCUUCCGUGGUGGGAACGCGCAGCGCACUCUCUACCGCUUCCUCUCACGCGGAGAAUUCAGUCUGCAUGAUGAUCGGUGGUUCACGAAGCCGUGGGGAAUCCGCGGGGGAAAGCCGGGUUCGCGGUCGAGGAAGGUGCUCUAUCGGUACUCGAAAUCGGAGACUGAACCGCCCGUUGAAGUCCUCCCCUCGAAAUGUGACCAUGUCCGUGUUGAUCCCGGGGACCUGCUUGAAUGGGUAACCUGGGGAGGUGGUGGACUGGGCGACCCUCUCACACGACCAGCUGAGAAAGUCGCACUGGACGUGCGUCGCAAGCUUGUGACGAUCGAAGGAGCGUAUCAGAAUUAUGGAGUGGUCGUGGGUACGGAAGACCUCAUUCUCAACGAAGCUAAAACUGAAGCUCUACGAAAGACCCUUGCCGCAGCCCGUGAUGCAGCAGGAGGAGCGAGAGAGGGAUAUGAUCGGGGCGGGAGCAUCGAGGAGUUGAGGCAGUCCUGCCUGAAGGAAACGGGACUUGCGCCUCCAAGCCCACAGUGGGAGGUCGACCUUUACGGGCCGCACGUGCAGAUUCCCUAUGUGCAGAAGUGGUACAAGCAUAUGAAGGAAGCUGGCGGGUGGGAUUUGAAGUAG